AUGCAUUUGGAUGAGAUUGAUGGCUGCAAUUUGGCAGACAUCAACAGUGAGGAUGUUGUCUCUACGCGGCUGUACUUUGUGAACGCCUCCCUGCAGCGGGUGACCUUCUCCAGCUCGGUGGGGGUGUCCCUGCCCUGCCCCGCGGGUGGCGCCCCCCAUGCCGUCCUGCGCUGGUACCUGGCUGCCGGAGACGACAUUUACGACGUGCCCCAUAUCCGCCAUGUGCAUGCCAACGGCACCCUCCAGCUCUACCCUUUCUCCCCCUCUGCCUAUAACAGCAUUAUCCAUGACAACGAAUACUUCUGCACUGCUGAGAACCAAGCGGGCAAGAUUCGAAGUCCCAGCAUCCACGUCAAAGCAGUGUUCAGGGAGCCCUACACAGUUCGUGUGGCCGACCAGCGUUCCAUGCGGGGUAAUGUUGCCGUGUUCAAGUGCCUCAUCCCCUCAGCUGUCCAGGAGUACGUCAGCGUGGUUUCCUGGGAGAAAGACACCGUCGCCAUUGUCCCUGUGCAGUGGGGGCAGGGCAAUAUGAGAGAUAUCCUGUUCCAACACAUCCCCGCUGGAGCUGACUUAAUGACCCAUGACCUGAAGAUGUACAUGCUAGGAAAAGAGAGAAGGAGGGUGGAAAGAGGCAGGGUAGCUGAAGAGGAGCAGGAGGAGGAAAGCAGAGGGAUCACAACUAAUCAAAGACAGGAUGGAGACAGCCAACAGACCCAUGACAUACAGCCCACAGUGGAGACAAGCGGAGGCAGUAAGGGAAAGAUAGAGAGCUUCAAAGUGAAAGGACAGCAACCGAUUCUUCCUGACCUCAUUUGGCACUCUGUAUAUCUCAGAAGUGCAGAAGGAAGAUGCUCUUUCCACCUACCGCUGCAUCACAAAGCACAAGUACAGUGGAGAGACCCGCCAGAGCAACGGAGCCAGGCUCUCAGUUUUGGACCCUACGGAGUCCACCCAUCAGUGCUAGACAGUUUCCAGUCCGGUGAGGUGCAGGUGGGGCAUAGUGUGGAGUUGCCCUGCAUCGCCUCUGGAUAUCCAAACCCGACCAUCCGUUGGCUAAAGGAUGGUCGACCAUUACCAGCAGACUCUCGCUGGACACGACGCAUUACUGGUCUCACCAUUUCAGACUUGAGACUCGAGGACAGCGGCAACUACAUCUGUGAGGUCACCAACAGCUUUGGCUAAGAGGUGACGGGUCACCUCAAUGUGAUAGAGCCACUGCGGGUCACCUUGUCUCCCAAAAAUCUGAAGACAGGGAUCAGCAGUACUGUCAUCCUUUCCUGUGCUGUCCAAGGUUCUCCCCACUAUACUGUGUCCUGGUACCGCAACACAGAACCUGUUUUGCCUGAUCAGCACUUUUCCAUCCAGGGUGCUCACAAUGAGACGCUGUUCAUUUCUGCUGCACAAAAAAGACAUUCGGGUGCUUACCAGUGCUUUGCCACACGCAAGGGACAGACUGCCCAAGACUUCUCCAUCAUUCUCCUAGAAGAUGGCACACCCCGUAUUGUUGCCUCCUUCAGUGAGAGGGUUAGUCCCAGGUGAACCCUUUCCCUAAUGUGUGCUGCCAAAGGAGCACCUCCACCCACCAUCACCUGGACCUUGGACGAUGAGCCCGUGGCCCGAGAUCUGUCACGUGUCAGAGCCAGUCAGUACACACUGUCUGAUGGCAGCACCGUGAGCCACGUGAACGUCAGCAACCCACAGAUUCGUGAUGGCGGAGUGUAUCGGUGCGCCGCACGAAACUCAGCCGGUAGUGCUGAGUACCAAGCGCGCAUAAACGUAAGAGGUGUUCCUCCACGGAUUCGACCAAUGAAGAAUAUCACUGCGGUGGCAGGAAGAAACUCUUUCAUAAACUGCCUGGUGAUUGGGUACCCUUAUUACUCAAUAAACUGGUACAAGGAGGGGCUUCUACUGCCUGACAACCAUCGCCAGGUGUUGUAUGAGAACGGGACUCUAAAGCUCAGUGAUGUUCAGAAGGGGAUGGACGAGGGGGCCUAUGUCUGCAGCGUGCUCAUCCAACCACAACUCUUUAUCACACAGACUGUUUAUGUUACUGUCAAAGUUCCUCCACUGAUCCAGCCAUUUGACUUCCCCCCAACUUCCAUCGGUAAACUGAUGUACAUCGCCUGCGUGGUCUCAUCUGGAGAUAUGCCCAUACGCAUCACGUGGCGCAAGGAUGGCCAGGAGAUUGUGCCCUCUUCGGGCAUCACUAUCGAUACAAAGGAGUUCAUGAGCUCCCUCCAGAUAUCCAAGGUGUCACUCAAGCACAAUGGCAACUACACUUGUAGCAGCAAUGAUGCUGCCACUGUCAGCACAGAGAGGCAACUCACAGUUACAGUGCCUCCUCGGUUUGUGGUGCAGCCCAACAACCAGGAUGGAAUAUAUGGGAAGUCAGCUAUCUUGAACUGUUCUGUUGAUGGAUACCCUCCUCCUAAGGUCAUGUGGAAGCAUGCCAAGGUGCACUAGGUACCGGGUAUUGGCAACCCACAGCAGUACCACCCUGUGCCUCUGACGGGCCGUAUUCAGAUCAUGAAUAAUGGCUCUUUACUUAUCAGGCAUGUGCUGGAGAGAGGAUCGUGGCUCUACCUCUGUCAGGCCUAUGGGGUGGGCUCAGACAUCAGCAAGAGCAUGGUCCUCACAGUUAAGAUUCCAGCAAUGAUCACCAGUCACCCCAACACUACCAUGGCUAAGAAGGGUCAUGUGAAGGAGCUGAACUGCACAGCCAGGGGAGAAUGGCCCAUCAUCAUCCGCUGGGAAAGGGGCGACACCGUCAUUGACCCUGAUCGUAACCCCCGAUACUCCAUUACCACCAGUCCCAAUGAGAAGACUGAUGAAGUGUUGUCUACACUCAAGCUAAAGCCAGCAGAGCGUGAGGAUUCAGUCUUCUUCUCAUGUCAUGCCAUCAACUCUUACGGAGAGGGACGAGGCCUUAUCCAGCUCACUGUGCAAGAGCCCCCAGACCCUCCAGAGUUAGAGGUGCGAGAAGUGAAAGAUCGUAGCAUGAAUCUCAGGUGGACACAGAGAUUUGAUGGGAACAGUGUCAUUACAUCCUACGAUAUUGAAUAUAAGAACAAGACAGAUUCCUGGGAGCUGAAGCACGCCACCCGAAACAUCUCUCCCACCAACAACCAAGCCAACAUAGUGGAUCUUCAUCCUGCAUCUGUCUACAGCAUCCGCAUGUACUCCUACAAUGCUAUAGGAAAGAGUGAGGCCAGUAAGGAACUCACCAUCAGCACAGAGGAAGCACAGCCCGAUGGUCCUCCAAUGGAUGUUAUCCUGCAGCCUGUGACAUCCCAGAGUAUCAGGGUCACAUGGAAGGCUCCAAGAAAAGAGCUGCAGAACGGGGUCAUCCGGGGUUACCAGAUAGGUUACAGAGAGAACGGCCCAGGAAGUAAUGGCCAGUACAGCAUUGUGGAGAUGAAGGCCACUGGAGACAGUGAAGUCUACACACUGGACAAUCUGAAGAAGUUUGCCCAGUACGGUGUGGUUGUCCAAGCCUUCAAUAGAGCCGGCACAGGGCCUUCUAGCUCAGAGAUCAAUGCUACAACACUGGAAGAUGUGCCCAGUCAGCCUCCUCAGAAUGUGCGAGCCAUCUCUGUAACAUCUGAUGAGGCAGUAAUCACAUGGGCCGAGCCUCCAAGAAUGACACUGCAUGGUGUAUUGAAGGGGUAUCGUGUCGUCUUUUGGGCUGUCUUCCCAGAUGGAGAAUGGGGUGAAAUGCAGAACAUCACAACCACCAAGGAGCAAGUGGAGCUCAGAGGCCUGGAAAAGUUCACUAACUACAGCAUCCAGGUGCUGGCCUACACCCAGGCUGGGGAUGGUGUCCGGAGCAACGUCCUGUAUAUCCAAACCCGUGAAGACUACCCUGGACCCCCAGCUGGCAUCAAAGCUGUGCCCUCCUCCGCCAGCAGUGUCGUAGUGUCGUGGUUGCCCCCUCACAAGCCAAAUGGAAUCAUCCGCAAGUACACCAUUUACUGCUCCAGCACCGGGUCAGGCCAACCGCUGCCAAGUGAGUAUGAAGCUAAUCCAGAGCUGCUGUUUUACCGAAUCACACACCUCAACCACCGGCAGCAGUACCUGAUCUGGGCUGCAGCCGUCACCACUGCAGGCCGGGGUAACUUCAGCGAAAAGGUCACUGUGGAGCCAGCAGUCAAAGCCCCAGCUAAAAUCAUCUCAUUUGGUGGUACAGUGACUACUCCCUGGAUGAAAGAGGUGCGACUGCCCUGUAGCUCAGUAGGAGAGCCUACACCUACCAUAAAAUGGACCAAAGACAGUGAGGACACAGCCAUCCCAGUAUCUUUGGAUGGACAGCGUCUCAUUUUGACUAAUGGGACACUGGUGCUGCGCUCUGUCAAAGCUGAAGACUCUGGUUACUACACCUGCACAGCCACAAACACACUAGGCUUUGACACUAUUAUAGUCAACCUUUUGGUGCAAGUGCCUCCAGACCAGCCACGUCUAACCGUCUCCACUACCUCCACCUCCUCCAUCACUCUGGCUUGGAUACCAGGAGACAAUGGUGGCAGCUCUAUAAGAGGUUUUGUUUUGCAGUACUCUGUAGACAACACAGAGGAGUGGAAAGAUGUUUUCAUCAGUUCUAGCGAGCGCUCCUUCAAAUUGGACAACCUGCGCUGUGGGACCUGGUAUAAAGUCAAGCUGGCUGCCAAGAACAGUGUUGGUGCCGGACGCAUCAGUGAGAUCAUUGAGGCAAAGACUCAUGGGCGAGAACCCCAGUUCAACAAAGACCAGCCUGUCUUCACCCACAUUAACUCCAGCCAUGCCCGCCUCAACUUGCAAGGGUGGGCCAGUGGAGGCUGUCCCAUCACAGCUGUCACACUAGAAUUUAGACCGAAAGGUACUUGGACAUGGCAGAACGUGCGUACCAAUGCCACCACAGAUGUGUUCCUGGCAGAGCUGCGUGAGGCCACCUGGUAUGAGUUGAAGAUGAAAGCUUGUAACAGUGCUGGCUGUGGUAACCAGAGCUCCCAGUUUGCCACACUAGACUAUGAUGGCAGCACAAUACCACCAAUUAAAUCCCCUCUGGAAAAGAAUGACGAUGUCAAGAAGCUGUUUUCGAUUGGGUGUCCUGUGAUCUUGGUCACACUCGGUGUUGCGUUGCUCUUCAUCAUUCGCAAAAAACGUAAAGAAAAGAGACUAAAGAGACUGAGAGAUGCCAAAAGCCUGGCAGAGAUGCUGAUCAGUAAAAACAACCGCAGCUUUGACACCCCGGUUAAAGGACCUCCUCAGGGCCCACGGUUACACAUCGACAUCCCCAGAGUGCAGCUGCUAAUUGAGGACAAAGAAGGCAUCAAGCAAAUCGGUGAGGACAAGGCCACUAUCCCAGUGACAGAUACAGAGUUCAACCAAACUGGGAACCCUCAGAGCUUCUGCACUGGUGUGUCUGUCCAUCAUCCUGCCCUCAUCCAGAACACUGGCCCUUUGAUUGACAUGUCAGACAUACGGCCAGGAACUAAUCCAGUGUCGAGGAAGAGUGUUAAGUCAGCCCAUAGCAUCAGGAACCGCUACUCUAGUCAGUGGACUCUGACCAAGUGCCAGGCCUCUACACCAGCCCGUACUCUCACCUCAGACUGGCGCACAGUUGGCUCCCAGCAUGGCAUCACUGUCACAGAGAGUGACAGCUACAGUGCCAGCCUCUCGCAGGACACAGAUAAAGGGCGCAACAGCAUGGUGUCAACAGAGAGUGCCUCCUCCACCUACGAGGAGCUGGCGAGAGCUUAUGAGCAUGCCAAGCUGGAGGAACACCUGCAACAUGCUAAGUUUGAGAUUACAGAGUGCUUUAUCUCUGACAGCUCUUCUGAUCAGAUGACUACAGGUACCAACGACAAUGCAGACAGCAUGACGUCUAUGAGCACACCAUCAGAGCCCGGUAUCUGCCGUUUCACUGCCUCACCACCUAAACCCCAAGACUAUGACCGUGGCAAGAAUGUAGCUGUGCCCAUUCCACAUCGCGCCAAGAGUGACUACUGCAACCUACCCCUCUACAUGAAGUCAGAUCCCUUUUUUAGAAAGCAGGCAGAGCGUCAUGACCCAUGUCCAGUGGUCCCACCACGUGAAGCCUCCAUUCGUGGCCUGGCCCAGCGGGCAUACCACACCCAGGGCCGUCAUGUGACUAUGGACUCUGCAAAACAACAGGCCCUAUCCAUGGGCCACUCUGGUCUGUCCAAUCUCACUUCCUCUGGGGCUUCCUCGGGAGGAGCAACAGGAGGCGGUGGUGGAGGCAGUGGGAGUGGAGGGGCAUCUGCUAGCUCUAGCAGCUCCACACUUCCCCAGAGGACUCUCACAAUGCCUGGCUCCUCUGCUGCAGGGGCCCAGAGUGCAGCGGCAGCUGCUGCUUCUGCUGUAGCUUCUGGGGCAUCAUCAUCCUCCGGUGGAGGUGGGGCAGCAGGGGCCACAGGAGGGACCCCUGGAGGUGCCUCCUCAUCUUCCUCCAAGAUGGGAGGAUCCAGAGACUCUCUCCUGGAGAGCAGCUCCUCGGGCUUAGGCAGACUACAGAAGCAAAGGGAUGGAGGGGCGGGAGCCUACUCCAAGUCCUACACAUUAGUGUAGCCUGCCAUCACUGCGGCCUGUCACUGUAACUCUUCAUUGAAUGCUGGUCAAGCCAUCGCUUGCCUAGAGCCUCUAUGAAAAAUUGGGGUGAGGAACAUACAGAUGCACAGCUUACCCGCCAGUGCCUGUGCUGUGCCAGGUUACAGGGGGCUGGUUGGAUUCCCACUGACAAUAUUGUAUGAUGGGGUCAGAGUUGGGUCUCCACAGCACAGGGGUUUGCCUUUCUUUCUGCCUGAUUGCUUUCUUUUAUUAUUGUGUCAUUUUUAUCUCUUAUUUCAUCACCCUGGGAAACACUCUUGCCAAAACAUAGAUGAUUUAUCUGUUCACUCUAUAUUUUGAUUUUUCUGGCAAAGACAGUACUUAUGCACAAAAUGCUUUCCACGUGCACUGUCUUGUUUUCUGGAUCAAGACAGCUGUAGAAUGAACCAGGUUGCUUGAGUUUCAGAGUUGCGUAUGACGAUUUUUAGGUUUUUAAUAUGUUCUUUUUUUGGCCUCUGAUGAAAGGAGCUCAUAUCACAGCAUUGUGCCAUGGCAGGAUGCUUUAUUGUAUGCAUUAACCACCAACCUUGGUGUUACACUGGCUCUGAAAGAUUAUUCCAUCGUGGAUUCACACAUUAGAGGCAGUGGACAGACUGUCGUCUCAAUAUCAGUUUUGAGACAAAGGGAUUUUCAUAUACAUGCAAUGGAUGACACAGCAUAGUGGUCUUAAUUGAUGCUUUUAUAAACAGACUCAAAGCAGAGAAGAUGGGGGGAAAAAAAAUCAAGCAUCAUGAAGUGGAAGAUGGAUCCAAACUUUCUUUUUUAAUCAGUUUUUUUUUUUCAGAUAAUGGAAAUAUAAUCUCAUGUGCACUAAGAGGAAGUUAGAACAGAUCCAAGUAACAGAAACCUUCACAAGCUGUGUGUGCGUGCGUGUGUGUGUGUGUGUGUGUGUGUGUGUGUGCGCGUGCGUGCGUGCGCGCGCGUGUAUAUGUGUGUAUAUAAAUGUAUGCAUGUGGCAGGCACACACCAACGAUAGACCUUUUUAAAAUCAAUCUGUAUGUUGACCUCUUGGGCAGACAUCUGUGUCAAAACUGAACCCUCCCACUGUUCAUUUUGUAUGUGUGAAAGGGGAUAAUGGUAAUGAUGAAGAUGCUGAUGAUGUAACACUACGAUCCUAAUUUGGUCCAGCAUUUUAAAUUUUGUUUUGACAAUUGUGAUUGACAACAUGGCUUAGAAAACGAAAAACACAGAAAAGGAAGUGGGUUCAAAAAGGGAGCUAUUACAGAUGACAAGUUCCCUCUUUUUUUCUUAAACUUCCUCAAGAAGGAAGUGACCCUUGUGUGAUUCAUCAUGGCGCCACAAUACCAUUACACUUUUGUUUUAACUCAUUUUACCUGUACCCUUUUUAAUCCCUUUCUGUCCUUUCCCACCUUCACCUUUACCCGCCUGGUCCACCAUCAUAUCCAUACAGUGUCACUGUGAUCUACUGCUAGCAUACUGGCAGGUCAAAGAGACAGACUGACUGAGAGAAGAGGUCUAAUAUGCACAGACGGGCAGAAAUGCUAUUUGAUGUGUAGUGUCAACUUGAAUAAGAAAAAGGUUGCAGCAAAUUUAUGGAGAUUUAUGAAGAAAAAUCAUAUUUGCAUAAUCUUGAAUUUAUGAACAGACAGUGAUUUUAAGAGUAUAAU